GGCCCCUUGGCCCCCUUCCUUUCCCUGCUCCACAGAGCCCUUCCCACAGCCGCGGGGGCACACCAAGGGGAUGAGGAUGCUGCCGCCCGAGCGGGCUCGGGCGUAAGACCCUCACCAUCGCAGGCGAGGAAGUGACUGGGGCACCACCUAGCCUGGCUGGGUCUCAGCAUGGCUGGGGACACCUUGAGCACUCAGCCCUAACCCCAGGGGGAGAGCCCCCACCGGGCAGCCCCUUUGCCAAGCAGCUGGGCAGCUGCUGAGCGGGCAAGGGCAAGGACAUCUUCGUCACCAUGCCCGGGCUAUGAGCCAGAGGAGGGGGUCCAGUCUCCCCCGGAUGCCAACCAGCACUACAGGGACAAGAUGGGGGGCACAGACAGGGGGCAGGGGUCCUGAGCCCCCACUCAUGUGGAUCCUGUAGGCAACUGCCACUGCCAGCUCCAUCCCCCGUGGCUGGGGCAUGGUGGGGAUUUUCUGACCUGUGCCAGAUUCAGGACACGCCGCUGGGACAUGGAACUCCGAGUUUAUCUUCUGCUUCUCUUCCCGUGGCUGGCAGUGCUCCCCCCCUCAGGGGCCAUCCUGGACAUCACCCUGAUCGCCAACGUGCAGAGCCUGUCCCACUCCGACUUCUUCCUCUCCUGCGUCAUGGGCGAGCGUGACGUGAGCUACCUGCAGAUCGAGCGGGAGAACAAGAUCGUGAUGACGCACCCCAAGACGGGCUUCCAAAACUACCGCAACCGCAGCAACCAUGUCCAGGCCAGGGGCUUCUCCAUGCCCGACCUGGUGGGGAUCCUGUACUGCAUGGGGCGCACCCCGACAGAGCAGGCCCAGGUGGUCUACGUGCACAACAGCCACAACGCCCACCUCUUCCCAGUGAGGGCCACGCAGUCCGUGAACAUCGCCGAGACGGCCACCUUCUCUGCCAGGGUCCUCAAGAGGAAGGAGACAGACGUUAUGUGGAAAAGAAAUGGUACCUACUACCAGACCACGGACCGGGGCGAGGUGCGGGGCGACCUCUUCACCCUGACCCUUCCCAACGUCAGCGUGAGCGAAAACGGCAUCUACAGCGCCACGUUCAUGGGGGACAGCCCUCUGUGGAGUGCCUUCUACAGGCUGAUCGUGAGAGCGUGUGCCGCAAAGAAGUGGGGACCGUCCUGCGAGAAGGACUGUCCCGACUGCCUGAACGGGGGCGUCUGCCACGACCACGUUGGUGAAUGCAUCUGUCCUCCCGGCUUCACGGGCACCCGCUGUGAGAGAGCCUGCCGGGAAGGCCAAUUUGGCCGCAACUGCCAGGAGACGUGCCAGAGAGCCCAGGGCUGCAGGGGGCUGAGCUUCUGCCUGCCGGACCCCUACGGCUGCUCCUGCGCCUCGGGGUGGAGCGGCUCCCGCUGCAACCAAGCCUGUCCCCCGGGAUACUACGGCCCUGACUGUGCCCUGGCAUGCGCCUGCCGCAAUGGGGGCAGCUGUAACCGCUUCAGUGGCUGUGUCUGCCCUGCGGGCUGGCAUGGGCAGCACUGCGAGAAGUCAGACCGCUUCCCCCAGAUCAUCAAACUGGCCUCGGAGCUGGAGUUCAACCUGGGCUCGGAGCCCAUCAUCAGCUGCGUGGCCACCGGCAACCCGCUGCCUGCGAGCGACGGUGUGGAGCUGCGCAAGGCUGACGGCACCAUGCUCAAGCUGGUCAAAGCCAUCAUCGAGCCGGGGCAGAUCACCUGCGAGUUCCAGGUGAGGCACCUGAUGAAGGACGACGCGGGGCUCUGGGAGUGCAGAGUCUCUACCACCGGGGGCCAGGACAGCCGGAAAGUCAAGGUCAACAUCCGAGUGCCCCCAGCGCCCCUGAGCCCCCCCCGGCUGCUGGCCAAGCAGAGCCGCCAGCUCGUGGUGUCACCUGUGGACUGCUUCUCCGGUGAUGGACCCAUUGUCUCCGUCAAGCUGCUCUACAAGCCCAAGGAUGACACCUCGGUGUGGUCCUCUAUUGUGGUUGACAACAGCGAGAACAUCACCCUGAUGAACCUCCGGCCGGUGACCGCCUAUGUUGUCAAGGUGCAGCUGAGCCGGCCUGGGGAUGGCGGGGAGGGCAGCAAAGGACCCGAGGCUGUCAUGGUGACCGAGUGCCUAGAGCCCACAGUCAAGCCUGUGAUUGAAGGCUGGUCCAUCGAGGAGAAAAACACACUUCACGUCAACUGGAAACUGCCAAGUAACCACGAGCCAGCACACGGGUUCAUCGUCCAUCUCUUCGACUCUGCGAGGCGGCUGGUCUGGGAGAAAAACAUCACGUCCAUCUCCGUGCUCUCUGCCCGCAUCACGGACCUGGAGUUCAACAAGGAGUACGGGCUGGAGGUGCUGCUGUACCACUGCACCAGCCUGGGGCCCCCCUCUGACCUCUACAAGGUCAUGAUCAACAGCAAAGGACCCUCCUCCCCACGGGCACUGUCAGCAGAGUCUGUGUCCGACACGGCCGUCAGGCUGUCCUGGCAGGUCCCCGAGUACCCCAACGGGGGCAUCACCAAGUACAUUGUGGAGCUGCAGCAGGUGGGGGGCACCAGCGAGCCCCAGUGGAUUGACACCGACAACGGCGCUGAGACCACCAAGAUCGUCGGGGGCCUCAACGCCAGCACCACCUACCAGUUUCGUGUCCGGGCCAACUCCCACGUCCCAGGGGAGUGGAGCCAGCCUGUGAAAGCCAAGACCCUGGGGGAUGGAGCACUGAGCGUGCCGCCCAGCCUGGGCAGCCAGAGCACCGAGCAGUCGGGAAUAGACCAGCAGCUGCUCUUGGCCAUCGUCGGCUCCGUGUCCGUCACCUGCCUCACCAUCCUCUUUGCCCUCCUGGCGCUCUUCCUCAUCAAGAAGAACUUUUUCCAUCGGCGCCGCACCUUCACGUACCAGUCUGGCUCGGUGAGUGCCGCCUGCCCCGCCAGGACGGUGUCCCCAGCUCCCCACGUCCCAGCCCGAUCCAGGUCACGCUCCGUAGCCUCCAGUCCGGACGCAGCCAGGCCUCACCUCCACGUGGAGAGGGGCGAAGAGACCAUCCUGCAGUUCAACUCGGGGACCCUGACCCUGACGCGCCGCCCCAAGCCGCAGCCCGAGCCCCUCAGCUACCCCAUCCUGGAGUGGGAGGACAUCAAGUUCGAGGACAUGAUCGGGGAGGGGAACUUCGGGCAGGUCAUCAGGGCCAUGAUCAAGAAGGAUGGCCUGAAGAUGAACGCAGCCAUCAAGAUGCUGAAGGAGUUUGCCUCAGAGAACGACCACCGGGACUUUGCCGGGGAGCUGGAGGUGCUGUGCAAGCUGGGCCAUCACCCCAACAUCAUCAACUUGCUGGGGGCCUGCGAGAACAAGGGCUACCUGUACAUUGCCAUCGAGUAUGCCCCCUACGGAAACCUCCUCGACUUCCUCCGCAAAAGCCGAGUCCUGGAGACCGACCCGGCCUUUGCCAAGGAGCACGGCACCGCGUCCACCCUCACCUCCCAGCAGCUCCUCCAGUUUGCUUCAGACGUGGCCAAGGGGAUGCAGUACCUGAGUGAGAAGCAGUUCAUCCACAGGGACCUGGCAGCCAGGAAUAUCCUGGUGGGGGAAAACCUGGCCUCCAAGAUCGCCGACUUUGGCCUCUCCAGAGGGGAGGAGGUCUACGUGAAGAAGACGAUGGGCCGCCUGCCGGUUCGCUGGAUGGCCAUCGAGUCCCUGAACUACAGCGUGUACACCACCAAGAGCGACGUGUGGUCCUUUGGUGUCCUGCUCUGGGAGAUUGUCAGCUUGGGGGGGACUCCGUACUGCGGGAUGACGUGUGCUGAGCUCUACGAGAAGCUGCCCCAGGGCUACCGCAUGGAGAAGCCCCGCAACUGUGACGAUGAGGUGUACGAGCUGAUGCGGCAGUGCUGGCGUGACCGCCCCUACGAGCGGCCGCCCUUCGCCCAGAUCUCCAUGCAGCUCAUCCGCAUGCUGGAGGCCCGGAAGGCCUACGUGAACAUGGCCCUGUUCGAGAACUUCACCUACGCAGGGAUCGACGCCACCGCCGAGGAGGCGUGAGGCUGCGCCCGGCUCCACGCCACAGGGGGACAACGCUGGCCCCCAGCCUGCUGGGACAGCACCGCGGGGACAAGAGGCUGCCUGUCCCCGCCGGGUGACAGUGGCCCAGCGGGUGCCCUCCUGGCAGCAGGACAGUGCCAUCCCCUCCGGGUACCUCCCCGUGUGUCGGCAGCGCUGGCCCAGCACCGACACUGCUGGAGGACACGCGAGGAUGGCCCCGAAGGGCAAACGCCAGCUGCAUGUAGCAGAGGGCAGGAGAGGGGCUCUGCCCCCAGGAACCAGGGGACGCCACAGCCCUGGCAGGACACAAAGACCCGAAUUUUGGGGUGAGAGAAGGAAGCAGAGUCCUGGCAGCUCCCUGCCCUGCAGCUCUCAGCGUGCUCUGGUGCCAGCGGGGCUGCGAGCGUCGCUGCAGGCGUGGGACACGGCAGCCCCGGUGCAGGAGGAAGGACUGUGCGUGGCCUCCAGCUCAGCACCAGCCCCUCGGAAAUCAACAGCUAUGCUUUAUGGGCAAUAAACAUAGCGCAACGGACAGCCAGCUCUGGCGGAGGGGAGGGUGUCUGCUGCUCUGCUGCCGCAGCAGUGCCUUCUGCCACCAGCCUGGUCCUCCGCCCCAGGGCUGCCCCAGCGUCCCCUCUGCUGGCUCUCCGUGGGGAUGAGCUUGGCCCCCAGCUCAUCCCCACAGAGCAGGGCACGUCCCCGGUCACUGCUGGCACCCACCUGCAUAUCAAUACCAUUUUGAUUUCCUA